ACAAUCUCUAAAUUAGAAUAUCAAAAUGGCGGCUGAAACGAAGGAAGCAAAUAUGAACAGAUGCAAGCCGAAUCUGAUUUGAGCCUGAGCAGGCCUAAUGUGGCGUUUGGAUGGAUGAAGAAGAAUGGAUUCCAGCUGAUCUAUUACUGACGUAGCACCAUGGCCCAAACAAGUAGUGAUGAGGACUUGUUGUUGAAGAAUGUGGCAGAACUGCGCCGGAAGCUCAUCCGAACUGAACAAAACUUACAACUUCUUCAAACACCAAGGCGCGAUCAUAAGUACUUGGAUGACUUUGAGUAUGAUGUAGUUCCAGAAGAAGAUGAGCAGUUACCAGCAUUGACCCUUGAUGACCUGACCCCUGACCGUGUGACCUCAUCAAUAUCCCUGAGGUCAGAUCAGAGUGAAUACAGCAGAAAGAGUUCUAGAGUAUCCCAUGUCUCCACCUCCAAGCAGAGCAGGAAAUCAAAGUAUGAAAAUGGCCAGCACCUUUCAGCCCAUUCCUCCACCUCUUCUCUACUGGAUCGAACUGCUCUUGAUCCUGAUACUACAGAGAACCGCCAUCUUCGUAAGAAGCUCAAGGCACUGCGGGAGGAGAACAGCAACCUGGUGGGAGAGAACCACAGUCUGCAGAACCAGAUAGAAAGCUCCCAGUAUGAACUCAGACUAACUAAAGGACAGCUGAAGAUGCUAGACAUUGAGAUGGAUGGAAGUAGAUCAACCAUUGCAAGCCUGAAGAAGAAAUGUGAAUCACUCAAGACAGAGCUCAAGGUUAAUGGGUCAGCACUCAGGAUAGCAGAGAAGAGCCUUGAUGAGAGUGGGAGGCAGCUAUCAGACAAGGAGUCUCUCAUUCAGAAUCAUCGUCUAGAAGUGAAGAAGAUACGCUCGGAGCUUCAAGAAGAACAAACAUUGAGGGACAGGAUGGAGAUGCAGAGAGAUGAAACUGCAAGAAAACUAGAAGAAUUGAAUGAACAGCUUGAUAAUUACAGAUUAGACACUCAGGAACAACUAAGAAUGCUAGCAGCUUCUGAAGAGCACCUGAGGGGUAGUCUAGAACACUGUGAUCGUGAGAGGGAAGAGCUACUUGAGAGGGCUACCUCACUGGAGGAAGACUUACAGGAUGCAAGGGAUGAGAUCAGAACACUGAGGGAGUCCGCCAACUUGCUGAGCCAGACAGAGACAGCCCUCCAAGGCUCCAGGCAUGAGGCCCAGGAGCAUGUUAGUAGGAUCCAGGACCUGGAGACAGCACUCCUCACCAGGGAUAGGGAGAACAAGGAGCUCACCGACCUGACCUCAAGGCAGAGCGAACGUCUAGCAGAGUGUCAGAGAGACAUUGAGAAGAGCCGUGAACAGCUGCAGAAGCUUGAAGGAAUGGUUGCUAGAAGUGCUGCAAGAGAGAGUGUCAAAGGGAGAAGCUCUACACAUCUCACACAAUCUUCUGGUCCCACUAGAGAUUCAGGUUUUGAAACCGAUAUGGAAUUAGUGUCAACCACCAGCCAAACUGUAGUAUCCGAGCUCAGGUAUCAGCUAGCAGUGAAGGAUGUGGAGAUCCAGCAACUCAGGUCAUCUCAGUUCCCUGAUCACCAACCAAGCUUGUCUUCCCUUCAGGACAGGAGUAGCAGUAGGAGUCCAACCAGUCUCAGGGCACAGCUAGCAGUAUUAAUGGAAAAAAGCAAGUUGGAGGAAAGGAAGGCACUUGAAUUGGAGAAGGUGAUUGGCUGCCUGAAAUCAGAAGCCAGCAAAAUGACCAAUGAGAACAGCCGUCUGAAGCAGAAGCUGGCCGAGUCAGAAUCCGGCAGAUCGUCUCUUGAAUCGGGCAUGAUGCUACGGGAUGAUCAGCUCACGCACCUCCAUGGGGAAAUUCGAGAAAAAACGAGUGAUGUUAUCAAAUUGGAAAAAGAGCUGAAGAAGGCAAAGGGGAAGAUGUCUGCAUUGGAGGCACAGCUGGAAGAUAAGACUUCAACCUUCUCGGUCCAUGUGGCUAAGAUUGAACAGCUACAGCGGACCCUUGAUGUGACAUCAACACAGCUAGCCGACACCAAAAAUGAACUGUUGAAGAAAGCAUCUUCAGAUGAAAUGCAUUCCUCUCGCCUGGAAGAGAUCAAGAGAAUGAAUAGAGAGCAGUGUCAAGAUCUACAUCAUCAACUUGAUCUGAUGCAUCAAAAGAUGGAACAGCAAUCGCACGAAAUGGUCUCUCUACAAGGAGAUCGAACAAAACUACAGAGGGAGGCAAACCAGAAGGAAGAACAGCUGACAAAAUUCAAGAACGACCUAGCCGAGAGUCAGAAGGAGUUGGUUAACAAAGAUGUUGAGAAUCAGAAGCUAUGGAACACCCUUCAGAGCAGGGCCGAUGAGGGUACCCUUAGACUGGCCCAGAUGGAGUCUGCACUGGAAGUUUGUAAGCAAGAACUCAAUAUGUAUAUAACACAGCUGGAAGAUGUCAACGCAAAACAUCACCAAGAGAGGGCGCUAAAGGAUAGAGAGAUUACAGAUCUUGAAGAGAGGUGGAAGAAGGCUACUGUGGAGACCGAGGAGCGAGGGAUCAAAGUAACGGAUCUUGAGCAAUCCUUGAGAGAAAGACAACAGAUGUUACAACAGAGCACAGAGAGAAUAGCUGAGCUUGAAGAUAAAGAGGCACACCUAGAACAACAGAUUUCUACUCUGUCCAAGGAAUUGAGCCUGUUGAGGUCAACAGCAUCUCAAGAGGCUCAGGCCAUGGAAAAGAAGCUUCAUCAGGCCUGUAUGGAUCUAGAGGAGAGAACCAAACAACUUGGACAGUAUCAUCAAGAACUUGGCUCCUCCCAGUCUAAGCUGGAGCUGUCAAGGAGCAAGGUGGCUGACCUGGAGGAGAAACUCAAAGACACCAGGCAAGAUGGGGACAACCAGGCAGAAAAGACUACUCAGCUGGAGAAAGAGCUCCAUGCCAACAAGCUCCAGUUAGAAGAAGCACAGAGCACAGUGAAAGAAUUGGAGGAGGUACUCGAGAGGACCAAGGAAGAGUCCAAGACAUCCAAGGAGCGCUGCCGUCACCUGGACACCGAGCUCCAGCAAGCCCAGGAGGACCUGAGAGCGGCUGCCACCCAGCUUGGGGAGCUCCAUAGACUCCUCCAGAGGAGCAAGGCUGAGAAUAAACUCAAGCAAGAGAGAGUGGAGGAGCUCAAUGAGUCUCUCAGGAAAAGCCAAGAUGAUAUAAGAAGUAAGGAACGUGACAUGGCUGAGAUAGAUCUAGCAUUAAGAACAAGUCAGAGAGAGCUCCUGCAGAGAUCUGCUCAGGUGAGUCAGCUUGAUGUGACUGUGAAGGAGAGACAGAGUGAGAUGGAGAGACGGAUCCUAGAGCUUGAAAGCACUCUCAACAAAACACAAUAUCAACUUAAACAGACCAAACAACAGGUCACUGAACAAGAAAAUGAACUGGAGAAGCAAUCAGAUGAGAACCAUAAGAAGAUGCUUUUGAUCCAGGAUUUAGAACAGUCAUUGCAAAGACAGUCUGAUGAAAUCACACUCAAAGCCACUACUAUCAAGGAAAUUGAGAAAAGAGUCGAUGAUCUAACCCAUGAUCUGCAGGGGAGUAAGAAGGAGUACCUAGACCAGGGCCAGGAGCUUAGGCUAAGCAGGGAACAAACCCAGCAAGCUCACGUCAACAUCACUGAGCUGCGGAGAGAGCUUGCCCAAGCACAAAGAAAUCAGGACAACCUAACUAGUGAGCUACAGGAUGCGUUGGAUAUGUGCCGUAGGAAAGAUGAGGAUCUAGGAAGACUAGCCGAGGAAGUGGGAGCCACCAGAGCCCAGGAGCUGGCCCUACAGGCUCAGUACACUGCAGAACUCCAGCAGAUUGCCAAGCUGAGAGAUGCUGAGGUGGAGCAGAAGGAAGAUGAGGUCAGCCAGCUACAGCAGAGCCAUGCAAGUCUCCUUGCCUCCAGAGACCAGCUAGACUCAUCCCACAGGCUCCAGAUUGCUCAACUCAAGGAAGCCGAACAGGUAGCCAGUCAGGCCCUGCAGGAAACCACCAAACAAGUGGCUGGCCUGGAGGCUGAUCUAGCAGCGUCCAGGGAAGUAAUCAACGCUUCCAAUGAAGCCAUGGUUAUAAAGGAAUCAGAGAUAGCACGUCUUAAGGCCAAGUUGUCAGGUUAUGAAAGGGCCAUGUUUGGCUCUCAUGCCAUGCUGGACACCUUUCCGCAUGAGAACACAUCUCGGAGGAUAUCAUCCUUACCUUCCAGCCCCUACACCUCUCCAUCCACCAGCUAUGUAAGGGUAAGCCACACAUCCAGCCAUCUGUCGCCACCUGUCAGCCACUAUAGGUAUGAAGGAAGCCCUGGGAGACUGAGCAAUGAGUUCCUGGAUCCUGAAAGAUCAUCUCUUGACGCACAGAGACGAAAGGAUACGGACGAAGGGAAGAGGCUGGGAAAUGUUGAGCAUGCAGCAUCUGUCUCUCCUGGACAGAGAGAUUAUGUAGAUGUGUCAUUGACUAAUGACUUUUCAACAUCUCGAAGGAGAGCAAAUACCAUAAACAUAGCUCAGACGAACAACAGUGGAAGGACUGAAGAGAGUCGCAGCGAAUCUCAGGUUGAACUGUUGAAAUGGAGUUCCAAGACAGUCAACCAGGUUAAGCGCAUGGAACAGCAUGAUGCUGUUUCUGAGGUGACAGAACGUAACUCUGUCAUAUCUGGAAUAGAGAAGCUACCUGAAAAUGGGCAGGAUGUCGAAGAGCCCGGAACUUUUCAGGCGAUGCUGGACUUUGUCAACCGACAGAUUGUAGCGGAAACUGCCACCACGCAGCCGGACAAUGCCAGGGAUGAGAAUUGGUUGAACCUUGAGGAUUUUUCUGAUGGUAACAUCCUUGUCAUGUCCAGCCACAGCAGCACCGCAUCAACUGAGCCAGCUGGUUCCUUCUCUCCUCCCAUUCCCCUCAAGCAUGCCAAUAGCUUGCCAUCAUCUCACCCUGCUCCUCUCUCGCCAAAGUCCCCACGCAGGAAAAGUGGAAUACCCCUCAGAAAGACCUCCUCACCAACCCGAAGAGCUCUCUUCUCCAAAGGGGGAAGUACUCAGGCUGUCACUGGGAAAAAGAACAAAGGGAGGAAAGCACAGCAGUCAAAAUCUCCCAAACUUCCUGAAAGAGAAAAGAGUUCCACAGAGACCACACCCCUGAAGCAGAGGCUAGCCAAUCAGAGGGCUAAGCUUGCAUCACAAAGCAAAGCACAAUCCAAAAGCACCAACCAACAACUCAAGCCUAGUGAAUGUAUUGCUGAUUUACAGGCCAAACUGAUAGCCACCAAUGCCCGUAGGCAGAAGAUUGAUGAAGAGCUAUUUGGUGUCAAAUCUUUGGAUGAGUAAUCCAAGUUAAUCAACUAGAACGGUUCUUGUUUUCUGCACAAUUUCUUGUGAUAACCAUGCAUGAUCAUAUUACAUGUACACUGUAUGAAUGCAUACUUCUAUAGGAUAUGUUGCAUAAACUUCCAACUGUUUUCAACUCGCAUAUUAUUACCAAAAAUCAAUCGUAACAAAUUAUUUCACAUCUGCAGUUGGUCUGAUGUUGUUCUUAUUUUCUAGCAAAUUGAUUUAUUGCACAUUUGUUAUUAAUACAUUUCCAAUCGAUUGCAGAUGAGUUGCUUGUAACACCUUCUAAAGGGGUAUUGCAAAAAUUUACAUUGAAUUGCAAUGCAAGCCUGAUGGGGAAUUGCAAGAAGGUUGAUUUGCAAUUGAACUCCAAUCAAGUACAAAUUUGCAUUUAAUCAGAGGGCAUGCUUGUAAUGCUUGAUUUAGGAUUGAGCAUAAGUUUUCUUGCCCUGCCCCAUUAGUCAUGCAAUUUCAUCUGUUACAAAUAUCACAUAGUUAGAUCAUUUGGGAUGAAUAAGUAGAACCAAAGAUACUACAAGUGGAAGAUCUGACAAUUCGACGAUUUUUUGAAACGCUUGAUAAAUGCUUGUUGGGAAGGGUGCCCAACAGCGUUGAGUAAAUAAACCUUUGCAUAUUGGCAUGCCACUGUGUAUAAAACAUAUGGGGAAAAUGAGAGAGGGGAGUUUGGAGAGGGCUCAAGGGUGGCACAUGGGAAUAAUUCCACGCUUUAUUACCAAGAAACCUCUGAAAUAUAUUCGUCUCAAAUUUAAGGGGAAAAAAUUGAAUGAAAAAAUUUUAAGAUGUAGGAAUCGUCUAUUCCUUCACCCUUUCACCAUUUCUCUCAUGUUUUGUACACAACCAUCUCGCGAUACGCAAAGGUAAAAAAGGUUGUUACUUAAUGCUAUAGGGCGCUCUUCCCGAGCAUUUCAUUACACGGUCUAUGUACUGUCCGAUCUUCCCCUUGUAGUAUCUUUGGUUGAACAUAAUGAUCUCUCUCUGUAUUGUUACGUUUGUACCUAAUGUUGUUGGAUGGGUUCGUGGCUGAUGAAUUAAUAAUACCGAAGUGCCUUAUAAUCACCUACCUAUCUUUGUCUGUCUGGGUACAACAAUAUAUAAGCCUGCAUUCUACAGGACUAUGAUUUUCUAACUUGCCUUAUAAAGUGACUUCGUUGAUAUUAUUGAUUGUUGAGAGGUUGAAAUGCAUUAAUCAAAGCAUAUUCAGAUAUUUGUAAAUGGCAUAUCAUUGUUUAGGGCUAGAGCCCAAUAACCCAAACUCCAAAUGGGAUUUCUAUUCAUAAGAUGGCCUAAAUUAUUUUCCUGUGUUACGCAUUUGUGUAAUUGAAUGUGGAAGCCUAUGCAAUAUAUUCUACAACUUCAAAGGCUGAAUUUUCUGACAAUUCUGAGUUCUGUUUCAUAAAGACUUGUUAUAGUAAUUUCUAUAACAAGUUUAAAAUCGGCCAAUCAAAUUGAGUGAUUUCAGUAACUUUUAACUGUUAUUGCAAUUUUGUUAUUGUAACAAGUUUUAUGAAACAUGCCACAUGUCUUUUUAUAGAGUUCCAUCUCCUUUUCAUGAUGUCCCAAUGUUUCAAGUACUAUUUCUCUUAGUGUGUUUGAUGGCGUUUGUGACUUUGUGUUUGUGUAUGUUUUUAGAAACAGAAAAUUGACUUUUCCAUAGUUGCUGUGGGAUACGAUACAAUUCAAUUGUUGGUAAAUAAAGUACAUCGUAGCAUCAAAUUAUAUUUAUUCAUGAAUUAAUGUCAAUAGUGUAUUUUAUCUAAACUUUCCAAAGUCAGAAUAUUCUUGGAGUGAUGAAAUUUCUUCUGAUUUAACCAAGUUGAUUUGCAUUAAUAAAUAAGAAUUAUGAUGAGACAGGUCAGGGAAAUACACUCAACUUAUGAAACAAAGUGUCCACUGGUGUGACAUGUAGUUCGACUAAUUCAAGGUUUAUUGCCAUGUACUUUUUGUUUGUCAUUUCAUCCAUAUAUGCGUGCAGUUUGUAGAAAUAGAUUAUGCAUGAUUAUUUUCUAUAAAAAAAAAUAUUCAAAUGAAUCCAUAUCAACAACUCCGUCCCUGACUCAUCAAUACAUGUAUGGCAUUUAUGCUGCCUCCACCUUUGUACAUUUUGGAAAAGGUGCUUUAUAUCUUAAGGUGUGAUUUUUUUAUCUUUCUACGAAACAUAAUCCAAUAGUCUCUUUAUAUUAAGAGUGGUCUCAGAGAAGUAUUCUUCCCUUUCUCCCUUCCCGUCAAUUAGUAAGUGACCUUUCGAAUUAAAAUAGCAAACAAAAUGUAGAAAAAGCUGUCUUUUACAUGUAUAAGAAAAUUAUUAUUAUCCAUAAACAUGUAGUAGUUACAUGUAAGUUAUCCUAUUUCUCCCACCUUACAAUGUUAAAUGUUGAAACAGAUGUUGUUAAUAUCACAUGUGAAGGCCACUGCAUACCUUAUGACUGGUCACUCCACGAUCUGAUUUUGGAACAAAUCAAAUUAUGCUCUUUUUCGGAAAAAUUGAAUGAAAAUAUAUCAUUAUUUCAGGUUCAAAUUAGCUCUAAGAACACUAAUAUGACAUUUUUGGAAAUUGAAAGCAUUUAUACUGGAGUAAAGCCCAAACACGUUUCAAGUCGUAUCCAAUCAUAAGAUUGCUACGACCUCAUUACAACUAGAUAUUCAAUUUGCUUUUAUUCUAAUAAGGAUGGUAGCAUAAAUAUUUGUACAAUAAUUUAGAACUUUACACAGUAAAAUGUUCCAUGUCUCAAUACCAGAUCAAAUUUUAUUACACUUAAAUUUUUGUUCCAAAAUUGGAUCGCAGACCAAUCGUAAGGUGUGGGAUGGCUUUAAUUGAUUUGAAUCACCAAUUCUCACCUCCCCCAUGUCUUUGGGUUCUUAACAUGCAACUAUAAGAUGAAUUAAUGAACAAGUAUUACUUUGACUCAUGGUAAUUUUUGUAUAAGUGUAAGUUCAUUCAUUCAUUCAAUUAAAAAAAAAUAAGCAAAGUCCAAAGGUAGGAGAUUAUGUUUACUUUGUCCCAAAAUGAUACAAAGAUAAUUGGUAAAUUUACUCCUUUGUUCAUUGCUAAAUAUAUUGUAACAAUAUUAAGCAUACAAUUUAUUCAUGCCCACAUGUAAUUGUAUAUUCUAGUAAUAAUUUGAUAUAGAAAUUCCUACCUUCUUGCAUUCCACCAAGUGUUUGUAUAGCUCUUAAAUUAUUUGUACAGAAAUUAUAGAACAGAAUACAUGUACAUAAAAUGUAUAAAAAUAAUACAUGCAAUUAAUAAAAAUAAUGAUAGAUUUCUUGGCCUAUUGUUAUAUGAUCAAUUGACUACAAAUACUCUUUGUUAUGAGGUUGUUGGGUGUUUUUUUUGUCCUUGUGAUGGUUUGUGACUGGAUGAUAAAUUCUUCAUUAUUCUAAUA